CGUCUCAUGUAUAAAUUGGUGGUCUUUGUGCCGAUAAUACAACACAAAAAUCAUAAUUAUUUAAAAUAAUUUUCUAAGUAAUACUAGUAGUAUUAAUAAUGUUAUUAUUAUAUAAUAAAUUAAUCAUUUGUGCAAGAAGAUUAGUAAUCUCCUAGUCUUGAUGCAUUUGUUGUUAUUAUUGUCGUUGGUGGUUAUCAGCGCUGUCAGCAGUGUAAUGACGACUUAGACGUUAAUAAUAUAAUAUAAUUAUUAUUACGAUGAUAAAAAUAUAGUCGUAAUAUAACGAAGUUAUAACAAAGACUUUUAGACUUAAUUUGCAGGAUUCAAAUGUUUGGAUCGCAUUCUACGAGUAGCGCUCGACCAGAUCACCUGUCUGCAUCUAGUGAGUAGUGAGCAAACGAUUCAAUAAGUUAAAAACAGUGAUUUUCCAUUCUCAAUAAACACACGUUUCAAUAUUUUCAUCUGCUUAUCCUCAACAGUUCUAGACGACGACAACGUCAAUGUAUCCGGGCGGAAACGGAACUAAUUCCAGGUCGUCGAGAUUUACCGCGCAUGCUGCUGUUCAAUUGCAACGGUAUUACAAUAAGCCAGCGUACAUGCGCUAUGGUGAAGCUGACAGUCAAAAGCUCGAAGUUCUGAGCCACGAAAAUAGCGAUCCCCUCAUACAACGCGUCCGCAAAACAUUUCCUAGGUGUAACAUCAAUAUCAUACACCGAGUCAACGCCCCGCAAAUGUACGGCAUGUAUUUGUUGCGAAAAGAAGAAAUGCAGUUGACUCCCGAAUACUGCAGGGAAAUUAUUCUGUAUCACGUAACCACUAAAUCUAGAGCAUUAGAGUCGUUGAUAAGUGGACUUGACUGGCGACGCACCCGGCGUUCCAAGUUUGGACGCGGUGUGUCGUUCAGCGACGAUGCUGACUACGCCAACUAUUAUGCCGACAAUUUUCCCAAAGAAGACAAACGAGUGAUCAUCGUGUGUACUGUGCUGGUGAAAAAAACCCAUUCUGUAUCUGGCAAACCCAACGAUAAGAAAUUAAUGAUACCGCUCGGUACAGCUGACACGACGGUGAGCACAAACGGCCGCGUGUACGUCAAGUACAACGACUAUGAUUUCUAUCCGAUGUACCUUAUGUACUACCAGCGGACACCGGAACUCAUAAACGAAAGCAAAUACUUCCGUAUCAAUCCCAAUAAUAGAAUACAGCAAAACCAUCUGGUGGCGCAGCAAAAAGAACUGCAGGCACAGCGAGAGGUACAGGAGGCACAGCGUCGUCGAGAGUUGCAGGCGCAGCGCGAGCUAGAGCAGGCAGCACGGCGUCGGCAAGAGCUGCAGUCGGAACGUUAUUUAGAGCAAGAGCGGGCACGCCAGAGGCAAGUGUGGGAGCAGGAACGUCGCCGUCAGCUACUGUUGGAGCAGGAACAUCAUCAGCAAAUACAGGCGCCACGUUCACAAGAUCACCCACGGCGCCACGAAAGCAGCAACAAUUGUCUAAUCCUCUGAUGUCCUAAUGAUUGUGUUAUAUUAUUAUUAUUUAAUAUAUUAACUUAAGAUCAUGUUAUUACACCUGUGUAUAUACAGUGAUCACAGUUAUAAACUAUAUGAAUAUUGAUACAUUUUUUCUCAUCGUAGAUCUUUUUUUCUGUGAUUUUAAUGUGUUUAUAUUAUUAUUUAACGUUUAUUUAAAAAUGUAUCAUACAAUUUUUUUUUUACAAUAAGACGUAUAAUUAUUGUGGUAUGAGUAAAUAUUUUAACACGAAUGUAUUGAAUAAAAAAAAUUGCACAACAGUAAUACAUUUUACACGACGGAUUUAUAUGUUAAUAUGUUAUAGUUAUAUUAAUAAAUUUCUACAAUAAUUUCUCUUCAGUUUGCACAGGGGUAUUGACGGAUACAUGGGUAUUACAAGGAUAAGAGGAUUUGAGUGGUUGGUAAAGCAGUAGCAAAACACUUUGUAGGAGGAUGUUGGUGAUGUUGGUACUUCUAAAAUUGUUUGAAUUUUUUAGAUGCUAGUAUAGAGUACUAGAGUGAAUGAUGUUUUACGUAGCAUGGUAUUUGUAUCUAUCUAAUAUAAUAUUAAAUAUAUAGACGUUACUAUUUAUUUUACUGGUCUUUAAUAUUAUAUAAAUUUUCCAUACAACAAAUUUUAGUAUUAUUUGUAUAAUUAUUUUGGGUUUUGGUAAUAAUAUUUUAAGGACAAAUAUUAUUAUUUGUUAUAAUGAUUAAUAAAUUACUGUUUAUAUAUCAGUGUUUACGACAGAAUAAUAAGACAUAACCACUUUACCCGCUAUGACCACUUUGUACACCUUUCCCCUACAAUAUAUUAUGCAAAAUGCAAAUUAAAGAAAUAAUCUUUAAAUGUAUAAUCAGUAUAGAUAGUAUAGUAUACUAUUUUAUGUUCGUAAUUUAAUCAUUAAGCUUUUACGUAAUACUGUAAUAGAUAAGUUCAAUUAAGUUUUUUAUAGUUAUUAGUGAGUGUAAUCAACUUUAAUUUGUUUAAGCUUGUAUAAUAUAGGAUCCUUAUAAUUUGGUAA